AUGGCCGGCCAUGGCGGGCCGCUCGCGCUCGUCGCGCUGUGCGUGCUCGAGCUCGCGCUGCGAGGCGCCGGCGCCGGCGAACGGCUCGUGCCGGCCAUGUUCGUGUUCGGGGACUCCACGGUGGACGUCGGCAACAACAACCUCCUGCCGGACUGCACGCCCGCAUGCAGGGCCAACUACCCGCAGUACGGCGUCGACUACCCCUCCCAGGAGCCCACCGGCCGCUUCAGCAAUGGCUUCAACCUUGCUGACCAGCUAGCUCAGUUUCUUGGAUUCGACGAGAGCCCACCUGCUUUCCAAUCCCUCCCGGCGAAGGGCAUCGCCGCACAGAUGAAAAACGGCGUCAACUUCGCAUCGGGAGGGUCAGGCCUACAGAAUAAAACUGGCCAAAAACUUUGUGGGCAAUUGUUCAGCAUGGCCGACCAAGUGGAGAAGUUCACGUCGGCCGUCAAGACAAUGGGGCAGGACUCGGGCGACCUCAUCUCCAGAUCCCUCUUCUUCAUCAGCGUCGGCAGCAACGACCUGUUCGAGUACGCCGACCCCGACAGCCCGCCCGCUGACCGCAACGACACCGCCUUCCUGGAAAGCCUGGUCGCAUACUACAGGGGCUACCUGCAGGAGCUGCACGCAGCCGGGGCCAGGAAGUUCAGCAUCAUCAGCCCGGCGCUGGUGGGGUGCUGCCCGUCGCAGAGGGCGAUCGCCAAGAAGCACGACGACACCGACGAGUUCGGCUGCUUCGGGGCGGCGAACAACCUCUCCAGGCAGCUCUACCCCAUGCUAGCCUCCAUGCUUAAGGACCUCAGCCGCGAUCGGGCCGGCAUGAACUACUCCCUCUGCGACUCGGCGACGAUGGCCGAAACGAUCUUCAAGCCUGGCGGCGGAGCUGGUUUCGACCUGACGGUGCUAGACACGGCGUGCUGCGGCGGCGCCGGCAAGUGCAACUCCUCCGCCAAGCUCUGCCCCAACCACGACAACUAUAUGUUCUGGGACAGCUACCAUCCGACGAAAGCCGCGUCGGCUCUGGCGGCGAUGGCGCUCUUCAGCGAUCCCGGAAUGUACGUCCACCCCAUGAACGUGGGGUCGCUGGCGGAGUUGUAGCCUGGAGGACCGCGGGCGAUCUGGCCGUGUGUGCUUAGGGCAAUCUUCUAUUUCUAAAUUAAAGUGUCAUUUUUAACAAAUGCAGUAAA